AUGGCAGCAACUCACCAAAUUCUCCCCGUCUCCAUGUACAUCAUUUGUCUCUGCUACUUGCUGUCGUUGGCCAGUGCACCUCCGGGUCUGGCCACCGCGCUCUCCUUCAACUUCAACUUCUCCAGCAGCAACUCCGUCGACCCCUGCGACACGGACCUGAGGUGCGAACGUGACGCGCGCAUGGGCUCCGGCGCCAUCGACCUAACGAAGAACGAGCUCAGAAACAACAUAUACAGCGCCGGCCGGGCGUCGUAUGGUCGCCCGGUGCCGCUGUGGAACAACGCCACCGGUGAGGUGGCCAGCUUCUCCUCCAACUUCACGUUCCAGAUCAGGCCCCAAGACGAGCCCUCCGAUCCUGUUUGUGACGGCAGCGGCGGCAUGGGUGACGGUAUGGCUUUCUUUCUGGCACGCUACCCGUCCAGGAUCCCUCCCAACAGCUACGGCAUGAAUCUCUCCCUCUUCAAUGACAGCAACAAUUUAAACGCCACCGGCGAUGACCGUGUAGUCGCGGUGGAGUUCGACACCUACCUCAGCUCCUCCAUAGACCACAGCAACAACCACGUCGGCAUAGACGUCAACUCCAUCAACUCCAAAGCCUACAAAAACGUGAGCACGCGCCUGGGCUCCAACAACGCAGUUGUGACUGCCGAGGUCACCUACGACAACCGUACGGGUGUUCUAGUCGCUCGCCUCCAGAUCAGCGGCGACGGGGAGUGGUACACAGUGAACACACCGGUGGACAUCAAGAAGGAUUUGCCCCAGCAGGUUGCGGUCGGCUUCUCUGGAGCAAGUGGUGUGUGCAUCGACCUACAUCAGGUGUUGUCUUGGUCGUUUAGCUCCACUCUAGUAGACGCCACUGUACAAGCUACCAAUUCACGCCGGCUACGACAGCUAGUGCCCGUGCUGGUGCCUUCCGUGGUAGUAGCUUUUCUUGCUUUGCUCUGCACCGUCGCCAUCCUAGUCUAUCGGCGAGGCAAAUGGAAUUCUGACGGCGGCGAAGAACAUGAUCAAGCUGAGUUUGAGAGAGGAGUGGGCCCUAGGCGAUACUCCUACCGUGAGCUUGCCGCUGCCACCAAGGGCUUUGCAGAGGAGGAGAAACUCGGGCAUGGGGGCUUCGGCAAUGUCUAUCAGGGCAGCCUGAGCGACCAAGACGGUCCGGUGGCCAUCAAGAUGCUCUCCGCAGAAUCAUCUGCACAAGGGAGGAAAGAGUUCGAGUCGGAAGUGAAGAUCAUAAGCCGGCUGAGGCACCGGAACCUUGUGCACUUGUUAGGUUGGUCAGAUAGCCCCAAAGGGCUCUUGCUCGUCUACCAACUCGUGCCCGAAGGCAGCCUUGACCGACAUAUACACACCAGCUGUCUCACUUGGGCACAAAGAUACAAAAUUAUCAUUGGCCUGGGAUCUGCACUACGCUAUCUUCACAUGGAGUGGGAUCAAUGCGUGCUGCACGGCGACAUCAAACCCAGCAACAUCCUCCUCGACUCAUCGUGCAACACAAAGUUGGGGGAUUUCGGGCUGGCGAGGCUUGUGGACCAUGGAGCCGGGCCACGGACCACCCAGGUUGUCAUGGGCACCGCAGGGUACAUAGACCCGGAGUUCAUCCGCACACGCCGGCCAACCACAGAAUCUGACAUCUAUAGCUUCGGCAUGGUUCUGCUGGAGGUCGUGUCCAGCAGGCGGCCGGACAUGGACAUCGACACGGAGCAACCAGCUGCAGCAGUUGACAAAGUGGCCAUCCCGCUUCUCAAGUGGGUUUGGGACCUGUAUGAGAAGAGUGCCAUCGUCGAGGCAGUGGACAGAAGACUAAAGGGAGACGAGCAGCUCAGCGACGGCCAUGAUGGUAAGUGGCAGGUGCACCGCGCGCUGGUUGUCGGGCUGUGGUGCACGCACCCUGACCCGAGCGUGCGGCCAUCCGUCGUGCAGUUCAUGAACGUCUUGCAGUUGAAGGAAGUCACACUGCCGAUCCUGUCACGGCCGGGGCCAUCGUUCUAUAUUUUCCAUGGGUCACAUGGCUACAAUGCAUCGUCGUCC